CGACGCUUGGAGGGCGGAGACUAAAGGCGUUCAACCCUCGGGCAGGGAGGCUUGGCUUCAUUGAUUUCCUCCAACGCCCAACUCCGCUUGAGAGCCCGCCUAUAACGGCCGCGGAAGGGGCAGCCCCUUGCUGCUGUGGAGAGAGAAAAGCGCCCGAUCAUAGAAGGGAUUGGUACACUGACUAGAAGUCAACUAGAACGAAGACUCCAAAAUAUUUUACUAUGACAGAGAGCUCUCAAAGUUGUAGCUUGCCAAGUGAGAGAGUAUCAGGUUCUGUGAUGGUGAAUUCUUACCCUGAAAGAAUGUCCUGUGAUGCUUGGAACAAGGUUGAUGUAGGAAGUCAGCAAGAGCAAGAAGAAUGGAGAAACGUAAACAAGUUAUUAAGGCAACAUGGCUUACGAUCGGUGUGCUUUGAUGAACCUGAAAGUAGCAGAAACUUACCAGAUAGGAUUGUUAUGGACCGACAGACUUCACAAGCAAUACGGUAUGCUUUGAAAACAUUAAUAGAAGAGACAGAACGUCAACGAAAAAUUGUCCGUGGCUUGAUAGAAGACAAUCAACAGCUUAGAGCUGAAUUGCGCUUGGAGCGCAGUCGUGCUUCUCGGCAGGAACAAAGAGCCAAUGAUCUGGACAUUAUUGUAGAAAACAUCAAACACAAAAUACGUCAGCUGGAAGACAAAUCUAUAACUAACGCUUCCCAGCAACACAACCAAGUCAAAGAACUUCAGAAAGAUCAUCAAGCUUCACAGGCAAAGUACCACCAACAGGCCGACAAGUUACAAGAGCAAGAAGAGACUAUCUCCCAUUUAAAGAAAGAACUUUGUAGGGUAGGCAUGGAGGAAGAGCAACGUAUCGCUACUCAGAAAAAAAUGUUCCGCCAGUUUUGCAAACAAGCUCCAAGAACACAAUUAGACCAGCAGAUUUGUUGUCUAAUUGAUUAUUAUGAGUCUCAGAUAAACCAAGUGAGAAAAGAACUAAGGAAAUAUAAGAGGGAGACCAAUCAAACACAAGGAGAAGGAAAAGAUGAAGAAGAAUUUUUGAAGAAUGUAGAUGCCACUGUUAACUACAAAGCCCUGCUUAUGUCUUUCCAGACUCAGGUAAUUGAGACUAAAGCCCGAAAUGAACAGCUGGUCCGUGAAAAUAUAAAUCUCAAGAAAGAGAUGGAAAUUAGACCAACUGUUCAAGAGUUAAAAUUUUACAAACACCAAGUGAAGAAGUUGGAGAAAACACUGAAAAACAUUAAGUCACAUGAAAGAAAUGGAGAAGGAAACAUGAAAGAAAACAAAGAAUUGAAAAGUAAUACAGCGGGAGACCAGCUACAAGAAGUUUGCAGAAGUUACUUACAGGUAUUGUCCAGAAUUGAUUCCAUUAUAAGAAGUCCACGAAGAGCUCCCCUAGUAAUGCAUAUGCAGAGGAAAGGCCUACAACAAAACGGUGUUAAGGAUAAUGAGCAAGAAUGUGGAUUUGAGCACCUUCCUCUUACAGUUGAAAUGUGGGCUGACCAGCUAAUGGCCCUGAAGAACUUGCAUAGGUCACUGAAAAAGCUGUUUCUGCAAUUAGUGCCUUGGCAUACAGUAGCUGUGCAGGAUAACAAGGAAUGUAUUCGAGUUGAAGACCUUCAGCUCGUAGUAGAUGAAAUCUCUGAAGAAGUAGAAAAUGAGGAAAAGAAACGUCAUGUGCCUUCACAACAAACAUUGUAUGCAAUUGUCUCCCACUUUCAAAAGCUGUUUGAUGUGAAUUCUUUGGAUGGAGUUUAUCCUCGAAUGAAUGAAGUUUACUCAAAGCUUGGUGAAAUGACCAAUGCAAUGAGAAAUGUCCGUGAACUCUUGGAACUAGAUAUUUCAGCCCCGCCUUGUGUCCUGGUGAACACUGUGGGGAAGCUAUGUAAUCUCUUCAACGAAAAUGUGACCUGGCAGGUAGAGCAGCUGCUGGGAACGCAAGACAUCCAAAGCAUUAUCAACAUAUUAGAAGAACAUGAUGACUUUUUCCCAGCAUUCCAAGCUCUUACUGAAAACCUACUUCACAUUCUAGAUGUCAGAAAUUUGACAGAUAUACUACCUGCUGUGCAGAAGCUGAUACGGAAAGCCCAAUAAUGUAAAGCAUGUAUGCAAUUUUAAAUGUGUCUACCUCUUAUGUACAGUUCCCAAAUUUUGAUUAAAAGUGUCUUCACUCUUGAA